AUGGCCCGCCGUCCCGCCCGUUGCUACCGUUACUGCAAGAACAAGCCGUACCCCAAGUCGCGCUUCAACCGUGGUGUGCCCGACCCCAAGAUCAGGAUCUUCGAUUUGGGCCGUAAGCGUGCCGGUGUUGACGAGUUCCCUCUCUGUGUCCACCUCGUCUCCAACGAGUACGAGCAGCUUUCUUCCGAGGCUCUUGAGGCUGCCCGUAUUUGCGCCAACAAGUACCUUGUCAAGAUUGCCGGAAAGGAUGGUUUCCACAUGAGAGUCCGUGCCCACCCCUUCCACGUCAUCCGUAUCAACAAGAUGUUGUCUUGUGCCGGUGCGGAUAGGCUCCAAACCGGUAUGCGUGGUGCCUGGGGUAAGCCCAACGGUACUGUCGCCCGUGUCAACAUCGGACAGAUCAUUCUCUCCGUCCGUACCCGUGACUCACACCGUGCCACCGCUAUUGAGGCUCUGAGGAGAUCUCAGUACAAGUUCCCCGGUCGCCAAAAGAUCAUUGUCUCCAAGAACUGGGGUUUCACCCCUCUCCGUCGUGAGGAGUACCUCGAGAAGCGCCAGGCCGGUGAGGUCAAGGUCGACGGUGCCUACGUCCAGUUCCUCCGCCCCAAGGGUGGUCUCGAGCAGAACAUGCGCCGCUUCCCUGAGGCCUUCGCCGCCCAGGCUUAA